CUUGUCUCCGCCGUCUUGUGUCCCGCUUGCUCCCUCUCCUCCUGGCCUGGGAUACCUUGCCGGACAGCUAGCCGUUCACACUCUGCUUGCCCCGCUGCGCUGGCCGCAGCCGAUUUGUGUCAAGCAUUUUCGCCAAAGGUUUAGAGGCCAUCUCAAACCUCGUUGAGGCGAGGUGCAUACACGUGUAGGUCUCGGGCGGACUGGGCGAUCAUUAUUACCCAACCAUCUCCCAAAGAUCCGAACGAGAGAGCGCGCGCCCGCAACGUCGACGACAUCAGCCGCUGCAUGACCUGUCCGAGGAUGUGGUCGCAUAUGUGCUUGCCGAGGGGCCCUGUCUCAUGCUCCAUCCUGACACGCAUGGCGCUCAAUGGCAACGAGGUCGGAGAUGACCACAUCGACCACGCGAUCGCGCGCUUCGCAGUCGCCUUCAAGACGUUCAAGGCGUGCAACUACCAGCGGGUCCAGCACGAGAGCAUCGGGCUGCCGACCAAGACCUUCCACUACACGGGUGCCCACCCCGACGUCGAGGACCACCCGAACUCCGCCAACGAGAUCAGGGUGCCCGUCCUCCAGGCGAACAUCUACAACAAGAAAGCAGCGGCCGUCGCCGCCACUCGCCGUGCCCUGAGGCUCCCUCCGUACUUCGUCGGCGGCCUGGGGCCGCGCGAGCGCUGAUGACAAGAGACGAGCGCCGCUCUCGGCAAGUCGUUCGUUCCUCC